AUGAAUUAUAUAUUUGCUCAACAGCGACUGUUAAGAGCGAUCAUAUAUGGAUCGGGAACUGCUCCACUCGCUCAUGUACAUUUUAACUUUCUGGAAUGGCUAGUUGUAAAGAAGGUAGGAAAUAGACUAGACUUGCUACAAGUUCUUAUCCCGACCGACAAAAAAUCGUGCGAAGCGACUGAGCAAGCGACGAAGUCGCGAGGUUCUCAUGACAUCACCGGUGAAUUUUUCCACCGGUAAAUUUCGCGCCAAACAUUUAAGAAAAGUCCUUUAAAAAGGCAUAACCAACUAGGAAAAAAAAUUGAAAGGAGUUUUAAUCAGAAAGUCUAGAAAUACACUUAAGGUGAAAGUACCUAGUUUUCUGGAAAAAUACACUUGUGAGCUUAAAACAGCCAAAUCUUCACAUAAAAUGACAAAUCGGGUGAAAAAAAAUCAAAGCAUUUUCGAUUAACUCAUGCAUUCUCACUAACAGCCUACGCGGUCCCUGGUAUCGCUUGUGACGUCAUCAUUUUGAACAGUCGUAGACAAUUUUGAUAUCUACGGCUCCUGAUAUCUAUUAUGUCUAUUAUUAAUACCAAUUAAACUGGUGUAGGCCAGGGAAGAGAUAUUUCAAACAAUAUCUGCCGCUUAUCCGGAUGAGCACAAUUCAGUCAAAUAGACAGGAGAAAAGUGCAAAAAAUCACGUGAAGUUGACCUCAAAACUGCAAUGAAGGCUUGAAACAUGUCCUAUUGCACUAACCACCUUGCAUCUUAAAUCCCACGAUCCUAUUCCCCACAGAAAUGAAGCCUAGAAAUGUCCAGCAAAGGGAAGAAACUGGGCAAGAAAAGCGGGAGAAGGGAGAAGAGAGAAAGCACAAAGAAAAAUUUGGCGUUCUGCCCAUCCCCAAAAUUCAGAACCGUAUGUUUGCCAGAAACAAAGGGCAGCGUAAUGCUUAACAUGAGAUCGGGCCCAAUUUCAGCCGCUUUCAUACCAAGGCCAUAGCUAGAAAUUUUUGACUAGGGCAAAUAAAGCGAGGUCUGGAGCAAUGCUCUUUCAGAAAAUUUUGAAAUGAAUGCAGCGGCAUGAAAAUACCAAAUUGUACAUAGAUAUGCCGUCCAAAGGAACGUUAGUCAGUCAAAGUGUAAAAGGAUACGUUCUUUUAGAGCGUAAGGUUUUAAAAACUAUUGAUUCAUCAAUAUCUGACCAGAUCGCGGUCUAGGAUCGAUGUCUCCAAAUGGAUUUCCCUCUAAAACAUCGUCAUCAGUCAAUUGCAGUUUUUGAAGUUAAUCAUGGCAAAGAGUCAACGAUAUUAAGACUUACUCAGGGAACCCAGUUAAAACGAAGCGGGUUCGGACCUUUGCGCAAGUUAUGUUUCAUUUGCUAAUAUAAAUGGCCUCAGAUUGCGGUAUGUAUUCCGUCUAACGUUGAAUGAGGAAACGAGGAGCAUCCCUAGGCCACGUGCACUCAAACGACCCUCAUUCGUUGUAGAACGGUUCCACAACAGCCCAAGUUCGAUAUAUUAAAUUCUAACACGACUCCGACGCUUUCUGGUCAUUUUUCUAUAUUUGGUUUUGUUUUCUUUGUGUUCAAGUCUCUUCUGGGAAUUGCGAUACAAUGGAGUCGUGAAAAAUUUGCAAUUUUGACCCUAAAACCUUGGAGUCAUGUUAGAAUUUUAAUAUACUGACCGUGGGCUAUUUGAGACGCCUCAGAGCAGAGAAAGAGCGUUCACAAAUAAUACUUCCCACCGGUGUAGUAAGAAGAAUGGUAACGAUCUUGUGAAUGGCUAGAAAUGUCCGAGGAUACCCGAGAGUGCCGUAUCAAUCGCUACUCUUCUCAGGGUUUCGCUUAGUAUUAAUCACGUUUCAACCUACCACAUACGUGAGACACUUUUCUAUUAGAACGUUCAGCAGAAAUUUGCCAAAAAAUUUAAUUUAAAAGAACAUGGUAAGAACAUCACACAAGGCUCAGAAGAACAAUUUUUUUUCACUGCUUUUACUUUCCUAAAUCCCGAGAAUCUGAAUUACCAUACAAUGUUCUACAUGAAGAGUGCAGGCAAAAUUUUGUUCUUUCAACACAUGCAUUGUACUUGUACAAUUUAUUAAUAUAAAAACUAUAAUCAUUAUCUUAUCUUGCCGCCAUACUGUAAGUCUAUAUGUCAGAUUUCCGUUAUUGAAAUUUAAGAACACCCGAAAGCACAUUUCUAGGCUGAAACUGCCCAGAAAAUAAGAACGGUCCAGGCUUAACUCAAAAAUGGGCGUUCUUAUAAAAAAUAGUGCAUGUUUGGCAGGAAGAUAAACACUGUUUACUGCUUUUUUUUUUCACGAAUGCCAAGUUACGACAUUAGUUACUCGGUAUUAAAAGGUUUUAAUUAAUUCUUUAGCUAUUAAAAAUUGUGAAAAAAAAACUUUUCUUAAAAACAUUCAAGAAAUUGUUAAAAAGGUUAAAAAGUAUACGACGUUUCGACGUUCUCGGACGUCAUUAUCAAGUAAAAAAAAUACAGUGUGAAUGUUCUAUAAAUACAAGAAAAACAAUAGUUCAUUAAAAAGAAAAGUAACAUAUAGAAAUAUGCUGCAAGUUAAACAAAGGGUUUAGCACUUAUGGAGUCACUCUGAGUGUUAAGGCUGGGCUUCAAACUAUCUAUUAAGCUUUUUUUUCCACUUCGUCGCUAAAAGCUGCGUAAUCCAUAUCACCCGAAUCGUUUGCUUGGAAUUCCAGUGAUAAACCAGAGAAGGACUUUUUGAUGGUGUCUUUCGAAGAUGCGUAUAUCAUUUUGUCUCCAAUCGUUGUAUCAUCGGGACACCUAAAGAGAAAAAGGGAAAUGAGAUGAAACGGGCUGGCUCGGCUCAUGCCUUGUUUCCUUAUAAAAUUGUUGCUGUGUUGUAUGAGAAGGCCGGCUGCCCCGUUUGCCACGAUCGUGGUUGCUUGAAGGAAGAUCUCAGCAAGCGGGCCAGCCGGCCUUCUCAUAUAAACACAACAACAAUUUUGCAAGGAAACAAGGCAUGAGCCGAGCCAGCAUGGUAAAGCAGGCCAGGCUGGCUCACCUCAUAUAAACAGUCCCUAAGGAGAAAUGAGAACCAGGUAAAAAGAGUGUACUCCAUCAUACAAACUAAAGCUAAAGAGAUGUACCCAACACAUUUUUGAUUUAAUAAUCUCUUGAUGAAUGCAUACAUCAAUUCAGGGAGCAAGGGUGGCUUUAUGGUGAGAGCAGUGGUUAGAGCACACACCUCCCACCAAUGUGGUCCAGGUUUAAAUCCCGGCGUCGACUCAGUAUGUUGGUUGGUUUAGUUCUUGGUUCUCUACCUUGCACGGAGAAGUUUUUUUUCGGGUUCUCCGGUUUUUUUCCUCCCACAAUCUAGUUUUCAGUGGGUCGUAAGUGAUGGAUUCAUAAGCAGAGUCAGAAGAAAAUAGAAAUGUUCGGAUUAUUCUGACUCCAGUUCUGCAGCCUGCGUGUCAGGUGUUCGAAAGGGGAAGGGGAAGGGAAUUUUAGGGAGGGUGGGAGGGUGGGGAACGCCUGCAAGAGCGCCAUUAUUGUCACCAUCCCGCCUACUUAUUAGGGACUUUAAGAUCCAAAGACGCGGACGACAACGAGAACGUCAAAAAAACAAUUGGUUUAAUUAGCAAAACAACAACUUCGCACGUGCAUCACACUUUUUUGUACAUUUCUUUCCAGUUUUUGCUCGACGGCGACGUGAACAUGCCUAAUUUCGCGUUUUAUGGAGGACGUAAACAAGCAAAGACAAAUUUUUUUUCUCUUUCUGAGCUUGAAUUUGGUCCCUUGAAAUUCAGCUUCAGGAGGGUUCGCCUACAAUUGACAAAGUAAGUCGAUAGGAAUAAUCGCUAUAAAGACUGAAAUAACGCAAAUUCACCUUUUAAGCGACGUUCUUGUCGCCGUCGCGUCGUUGGAUCUUAAAGUCCCUAUUAUGUAUGCAAAGAUGACGCAACUGUAAACGUCUAACCAUCUGUUACCGUUAGUUAAGGUAUUCAUUAAUUUUACAUCUCUCUCGUAGAUGUGAAAAUGGAAAAGACCAUACCGUCCUUGCAGGCGUUCCUUACAUUCCUCCUCGCGCGCCUUUCUGCCACGCAGACAAGCAAUUCUGUAGACUUGCCAUAAGUCGACUGCGUGAGCGCCGAAGGCGCGAGGUGACGCUGGCGAAGCGAGCGAAAGCGAGCGACGAAGUAUUCUGUUGCACUUAUAACUCCGCUUACGUCUCAGAGUUUUGAUUUUCACUAGGUUAAUAACUUAUUUUGAAAAUAAAAUGUUCUUUCAACUCUGACUCUGUUGAACAAGUAAAAUCCAGCCUAAAAUGUCUUGAGACUAAAGGAAAAUUUUAUGCCCGGUCACUAAUUAAAAAUGCAGAGACAACCUCACUCACCAAAAGAUGAAUGCCAACUUUUUAAUUAUCCGGCCAUCCUUAUUCGUAAAUCCAAAAUCAUACAAAAUAUAUCGUGGCUCUUUGCUGAGUUGCUCCUUCAUUUUAUUAAACUGUGCCUCAUCUUCUUCUUUUGCUUCUGUUAAGCAUGGAUCACCACACACGUCAACAACAAUUUUCUUCUUUCCUUCAAUUUUAAAGAAUGCAAACUUGUGUGUGCUUCUCAACUUCAUAUCAUUAAACAAACCGUUGAUUUCAGCAUCGAGUUGUACCCCUGACAUAGACUGUAUGAAGAGACCAUAAGGAAUAAAAUUAAUAAUCUAAAAAACCUAAUUAAGGUAUCAAAACUGCUAUUAAGUCAAAAAUUGGCCAGGCGUAUAAAAUUGCUUAUUUGAAAUGUACUCUCAAACUGGACACAAAUUCCAAAAAUGAAGCAUUUUUGUUCAAUCGAAAUGGAGAAAAUUAAAACCAAAGUUGGUAUCUAAGAGAGCUAAUGUUGAAAUAUUGAUAAUUACACUAUGAUUUUCUAAUAAGCUAGGGGAAAUGAGAGCGAAAUUUGUAAACAUUCUGCUUCCUCAAAUAAAUAACGAUGCUUUGAUCAUUCCUAAUCAUUCCCAUGCCUGAAAAAAGCCUGGCCGAGGAUGUCAGUCAGGUUCCCCUUUUAGUGAACAACGACGUCUUUCUGCUAUUCUGUCAGGCAUUCAUAAAAUUAAGAGUUAACAACGGCCAUCUACAAUUUCAGCAAAGUACUGUAACUACUUACCAUUCUGAUAGUUGAUCGUGACUUUUCAAAUUUUCAAAACACCUUUAAAACAAAAUAGUUAUUGUAAAAAUUAGUUGGGUUCCAGUAAAUUAAUCUGCAGAGAGAUGUUUAAAAUAAACUUGUAGUGAAAAUAGUACUUCAUGGUGAAAAAUCUUUAAAUACUUAAUCAAUAGUAGCAAAUUUUGACAACUUGAGCUUUCCGCUCCUUAUGUGAUAAUUAAUUAAGUGUUUGGAUUUCAAAAAACUUAGGACAAAUUUUAGUUCCGCUCCUUACCAGUAACUUGUUCCUUGACAGCUUGUAGCUCUUCCAACUCUAUAGCUUGAUGAAAACUUUGCUGCAGUUGCGUAUAUAUAUGUUCCCGGUGUGAUGUAAUAUUUCUAUAUUUAAAAUUACCCAUUUGUUCAAGAUUGUGGGUUUUCUGCGACAUCAUUUACUUCAAAGCGAGCUCAGUGCAUCCUUUUAAGGACAAUGGUUUAAUAAACCGUGCCAUCGGAAUUGCGCAAUGAUAAAAAUUUACAUAAAAUUGAAUAUUACAAACAGUUGAUAUGUUGCUGUUUUACAGCGUUAAGGCACAUUGGUGCCCGGCGUUAGAAGCGUGAACUAUAUAAACCCUCUCGUGCAGCAAUAUGUCUCUUUAGCUUCUAAUAAUCAAUUUUUAAAUUUAUUUUACUGAGGGCAACUCGAACUAACGAACGAAAAUGUGAAAAUUACUCAUGCUGACCGAGCAACUCCGGGUAUAAAGAGUUGAUUGCGCACAUAAGGUGUAUUACCUCCUUAUAUGGCGUAUUUUACAAAUCACUAGAUUUUUUAAAGAAUAAUAUGAUAUGGGAUAAAGUUUUGUUUGUAACGUCAUAGUCUAUAAAACCGACAUGUACUUUUCAAUAAAUCUGAGAAGCUUAAUGCCUAUAUACCGGACAAAAUUAACGAUUGCAUUUCAUGUUAGGAAUGUUUACCUCAUAAAAUGUGUCAGUAUUUGCUACCUAGCGUUCAAGGUUAAAAGUACCUUUAAGGUCUCUAGAUCUAGCUCUCUAGCUCGAUGAAAGAAUCAAAGUACGUGAGGCGAACGAAGUGUCCAAAAAUUUCCCACAACAUUGCCGUGUUAUAUUCCCGUAAUAUUCGACUAAAAUAUGACAUUCUGAAAAAUGUUAUGAUCGCUGAGUGUUUUAGUAGAGUUGAGAGUCCUUUGCAUAUAUACGAAUAAUGAGUAUAGAGCUUUCCCUAAAUUUCUACCGAAAAUAUAUAUUAUAUGGCUUGAAAAAAGGAAGUUACAGUUAUUACGUACCUUAUCAAAAAGCUUUAGAUUCAAAGUAAGGGUCGAUUUCUUCGAGACAAAAGACAACCCGCAUCGCGUGGGCUAUUACAUGCUCUACGAUUUUAAUCAACAUUACCAAAAUAGGAAACGACAGUCGCAUUUGUGUGUCACGUCACGCCUAAAAGGUAAGCCGUGCAAAAUAUAUAAAAUUCAACUUUGUUGGGCAUUUUAAAAGAAAAUACAAAGAUAAGAAAACCCUGUCUUCCGUUUAGAGAGAUUCUACAGAAAACUUUACGGUUUCAUGAUCAGUUACGUGAGUUCAGUUUUUUGCGUUGCGUAAUACGUCAUGGUACUGUAAGCUACUGUAGUAUGUGAAGAACAAAACGCUUAUGUACUUCAUAAAGCACACUCUCUUGUUUCCGAAGUUUGGAUCUUUAGUAAUUUCAUGGAUUUUCCGCAAAACAGUCAUGGAAAAUGUAAUGAAUGUAGGUGAAGCUUGACUCGGUAGCUAUAGCGUGACAUCUUUAAAAGAAAUUGCAUGAUCGCGUGAUCCUGUGCUGGAGGCGAGUCGUCUCAAAGUGCCCGGGGGGAGGGGGGGGGGGGGCAAUUGGGUAUUGUUUGGGUGGGUAUGUGCCGCCCGGACUCCAAAUUGGCACCCCGUUCUAAAAAAAAUUCCCCUAAAAUUGAUACCCCGUUCUAGAAAUGGGCCAAUUUUUUAUAUCCCGUUCUAGAAAAGUUUGUAAAUUGAAAUAGCCCUGUUUUUUUUAAAAAAGAUAUUUCUUUAUUUGUUCGGCUUAUACAUGAAAUAAAUGCUUCUUUAUAAUCAGCAACAAUUUUAAGCAGAAGAUAAAGCCGUGAUCCACAAUUUUUUAUACUCCGUUCCAGAAAACGCUUCUAAAAUGGAUACCCCGUUCUAAAUCAGGAGCUUCAAAAUCACGACCCCGUCGGGCGGCACAUACCCGUAUAGGUAAUGUAUGGGAGUACCCCCCCCCCCCCGGGCAAAGGGCGUUUCACGUUUCAUGAGACGACAGAACUGGACUAGGCUCUUUUCUUUUUAGAAGAAUAUAUUUUAUAAGAAUAUAUUUUAUGAGGCUGACAUUUGCGAAAUUUCAAGUUUGAAGGAUAUUUUAGGAAUGAAACCCCAGGCUGAGAUUUGGAAAAGGAUAUAUUUUUGUGUGUUGAAAAUCAGUAAAUACAAUAAAAUUAAGUAUAUGUCUUCAACUUAAUCGUAUCAGGAAAUUGUUCUUUUUUUAAACGGCAACACUAAACAACAAAACGAAAUCAAAGGCUCCUGUGAGCCAGCUCGGGCCAGCGCAUGGAUUAAUUGGAUAAGUGUAGAAAAGACAGUUCAAUAAGUCAUCAAGACCCCCAUAAUUGGGAUUCAUUGGUCCGCUGGCGUACCUGACAAAUGUUAGUCGGAGUCGGGGUUGUGUGGUAACUAAAAUAAGCAGGGGCACCCAAUGGAUCUGUUCCUCAAAAUAUCUGUUCUUCAUGCAAAUUUUUGCUGGUUGGGAGAUGUGGAGAAAUAAUAGUCCUUGGAAGGAAAGUGUUGCUGGGAAAAAGAUAAUUCAGGGUGUCAGAGAGGAUUUGAAGUCUAGAAUAGCUGCUACGGGUUACUUGUAUGGGUUGCUUACCACUCAAGAUCUGCAUUGUGCCCUAUGAAACUUCCCAGUAAGUCAGGUUGCAGGUUGUAAGGUUGCUGGCUGGGAACUCUUCCAUCAGUCUUGCUGGGAGUGAGGAACAGAUAAUUUUUUUCCAGCAAUCUCCCAAAAUGCUUAAAAUAGUCUCAGAAAACUUUAUUCACGCUUUGUUGUUGUUGUUAGGUCUUUUUCUCAAAAUUUCCCGUUGGGUGCCCCUGAAUAAGCAAGUUAGUCUUUUGAAACAAGAAACGAUAACGUGACUGGUUUGAUCUAACCAGAAAUUCCAAACAUUAUUGUCGUUCUGCGCUUAUAAAACGUGACAGGGUCAAGUUUGGCGUUUUAAAAUGCUGUUAAAAAGCAGUAAAGCAAAUUAUUAAGUUUUAGUGUUGUUUCUGUCUGAUAUUGCAUUAGCUGCUAUAUGAUAGUCAACAAUUUUAACAAUAAUUUUUGCACUUUUAAUUUUCAAUCGCUGCUCCGGUAUAUUAUUGAUUCAAGAUUCCAUAUGUUUCUUCGUUGCUAGAUUUUUUCUAGUUUUCGUAAGACUGUCGGAAUUAGAGCUUUAGCCAAAACGCUUGAAAAACGUAAGUUUUAUAAAAGAAUACCAGCGGGUGGUGAGAUAUUAAGAUUUGAUUCUGAUUGUUCGCUUUAAUAAUAAACAUUCCCGUUUCCGUAUAUUUCUGGCACGUGUGAUGCAUUACUCGCUAAUUUUUGGACACCACCACGCUUGGAAAGAUUUUCUUGUUCUGCAAAACUUGUGUAUCAAAGCUCAUCGUUGGCCGCAACCUUUUUCACAGAGUCCUUCUCUCUUCCUCCCUCGAGGAUUAGAAAGGGCCCUUGGAACGAAGUUGCGUUAACUGUUAAAUCUAAUGACGUCAUAUCUUGUACGAGGCCUGCGGCUUCCAAUGCAAUGAGAGGUUGAGGGCGUUUCAGGAGUGAAUAGUGCUGUAUAUGGUGUUAAGCUGACAUUACUAAGAAAAUUUUAUCAGAUAUGUAUUGUACAGUCUUUUGAGAACAAUGAGGCUGAAAUCUAAAGUCUUGAUUUUCUCUUUUUAAAAUAGUUCAUAUAACUGUAUAACUUCUUUUUAAACUUUGUAUUUGAAGCAUUUCCUUUUUCUUAUCUUUAAGAUUGCUUUUCGUGCAUCCUUCGUCCCGUUUGUCAAGAUGUUUAUUGAUCAGUUUGGCUACUGGGCACCGUGUAUAACUGCUGUUUAUCAUGUCAGGUAAGGUACAACCAAAUGAUCUGCAAGGGGUAUUCACUUAUAGUAAUCAACAAAACUAUACUCACUUCACUCUCUUCUCCCCAGAGGCCUCUUUUUUACCCUGAAUUUCAUCCGAUUACCUCGAGUCGUUAUUACUCCCUCAGUAACGUCUGAAUCGACCGGCCGUUAAUGCCGUCCAGUGACGUCACUACUCCUUGACCUUUGCUUUAAUUCGUGCAAAAAGUAACACACGAUUUUCAAGUGGCAAACCGAGAAAUAUCGUUUGGAAAUGUCUGCAUGAUACAGAAUUGCUUUAUUUUUUUCGAUCGUAAUUCAUGUUUAACGUUCAAACUAUCAACUGCAUGCAGUACAACUCUGAACCGGUUGUACUGAAUUCUAUAAUCAAACUCGGUCGCAGUCACGCAAUGAAAUAAACACAAACACACACGAAACUCUUAGUUCAAAAACACAAUGAUUUGCCUUAAUUGAAAAGAAGCUGUUUGGCCCUUAACGAAGAAAAAAAAAACCACGAAACAAGAAAAAAAACCUAACAGAAUCAUUACGCUUGACUGUGAAAAUAGCAAGAAGGUCGAAUUAUAACAUUGAUCUCAGAAAACUUCGCGUAAACAAAAUCACCGGCCGCCGAAACCACAAAGCGGCUCUAAAUGAAAAGCCUACCGACUCUCCGCAAUGAUUCUUCAUUCGCAGUUCAAUUUAGCUUUUCAGUUUCGAAGACAAGGGCAAUUUUGCUGUUUAAGAUAAAAUGUUUGAACUACACGAAAAAAUGUCAGGGAUGCGAUCCGCUGAAUAUCAAACGACAAUCCCGCUAAAGUUCUUCAUAAUUAUACAUAAAUAUGCGAAUGUUUAGACAAUCAACCAAUCAAAAUCACUACCCGGUUUUCGGGUAGUGAGUAACGUCACUGGACGGCAUUAACGGCCGGUCGAUUCAGACGUUGUUGAGAGGAGAAAACGACUCGAAGCAAUCGGAUGAAUUUCAGGCUACCUCUUUUUGUCUUUUUGCUUUCUGGGGAGAGGAAAAAAGAGAGCGCCCGGGGGAUUAUGGCAAGGGGAACGAGAUGAACAUAGGAUACAUCCAGUCUUCCUCGCAAAUCCGGCGCCAUCUUGAAAUGCAUUACAGAGCAGAGCAGUCAGCACCAGAUCCCAUCGGCCUAAACCCUUUGGUCAGCUUAUGAAGUUUACAAAACGUAGUAUUCUUUAUUACUUCUACACUACACUUAGAUGAAAUUCUGCUCAGCAAAUGUUAAUCAAAGUUUAUGUCUCUUCAAUUUUUAAGGAAAAAAAAAACAUUUUGAAAAGCUUGAGUGGGUAUCGAACCCGCAGUGUAGGUUUGAUGUGAACUUAUAUAGCAAAAACCCUAACCCUAAAUAGAAGCUAACCGUUUCCAGUCAGUGCUUAACCCAAAUCACUAUUUUCAGGGCUUAACCGUUAUCACCCUAUUCAGUGCUACACCCUAAUCACUAUUUUCAGUGGUUAACCCCUAUAUGUAUUGCUCCUAAUCACUACAACCGAAGCGAUUAGGAAUCCUAACUUGUGUAAACUUCAUGAGGUGUCCUAGGUGGUUUAGGCUGAGGAGAUCUAAUGUUAACCGAGCAGAGCAGAGGCUCCCUCAUUUUCGACGUUUUGAAAUCGACACUCACUUGUACAUCAUUAAGGACUACUAUUACAAUGUUAAACCAUGUUUAGUGUUGUUAACUAUUAGGUUCUAAACGCGUUUAGCUUUGGAGUGUAUUGUGGGGGUUAUUAUGUGGAGGUGCUGAAAUGUACUGCAUUACAUAAAGUUCCAAAUAGUGCCACGUUAUUAAUGGUUGUACUCUAUAUAUUACUCGCUGUAUAUGCCCAAGCCUGCGUUACUUAGCAUGACCUAACCGCGUUUUAAACGUCUUGUGUAAAGCAGAACUGUAGGAUCUUCAGUCAUUUUUUUAAAAACGCGAGUAGAAUAAUGAGCACCCAGAGCUUUCUCCCGGGCUUUAAGUUUUCAAAAGGCAACCACACACAUUUUAUAUGCGUCAAUACUAAAAAUUGUCAGAGAGAUAAUAAAUUAUCGAAAAAAAAUGGUGUUGAUUGAUUACUGCGGGAAUUCUUUUUCAGUAUGGGUGUUAUGGAAGGCCUUACUUAUAAUGAAACUAUGGACAGACUCAAGACACUUUACUGGCCAACACUAAAGGCAUGCUGGAUGAUAUGGCCCGCAGUCAUGGUAAGUGAAAUAACCAUCAAGAUUACCGGGCCUGGGUUUUGAUUCGCCAUUUCGAGUUUGCGCACGAGACUUGGUCGGUGUUUUGUCGAAUUGUAUUUUGGAACUGUUUUGGGGCAUCCAGCGCUUCGUCUAUAAUAUAGAAGAGAAGUGUGACGUCACGUUACCAUGGAAGCAAAAUUUCCGGAUCACAACAGUAGGGAGCUUAAGCAACGACGACGGCGACGGCAACAAGAACGGCAAAACAAGCAUAGGUUUUUAUAGACUGUUCACAGUCCCCUAUUUUUUCGUGAGAUUGUUUAGAUGUACCGCGUCUUACCGUCACGGGUAUCUUGAUGUUCAAAUGUAGCGAGGGGGCGGGUGUCUGGGACUAGAGCUCUUGGGCGGGGGGGGGAAGGGGGGUUUCUAUUUUUCUCGCUUCCUCCCAAACCCCUCCCCGCCCCCUAAGUAGUUUUGACACUCAUGCAAGAUGGCAGCCCGUAACGCAAAGCGCUCGAUCUCGAUAGUCUUACGGAAAAAUAGAGGACUAUGAAAAGUCUAAGGUUUUUAUUAGCAAAACAACAACUGUGCACGUGCAUCACACUUUUCUGCAUAUUUCUUAGCCGUCGUUGCACGACUGCGACAUGAAACCUUCUAAUUUCACGCACCGGCUUAAAGGAGAACGUGAACACAUAGCACAACAAUUUCCAUUUUCUUUUUCUAAACUUAGAUGGGGUCCUUUCGGACUUAACCCCAGAAAAUUUCCCCAACAUUUGACAGAUUAAAUGAAACUGAAUAAGAUCGAUGAAGUUUGAAACAGUGCAACUUCACUUUUUGAGUGACGUUUUCGGUUUGGUGUGAUCCAGAAAUUUUGCUACCAUGGUAACGUGACGGAACAACUUCUCCUCUCUUUUGGCUAACACGAUUAUAAUUUCGUCCCCAAAACAGUUCCAUAGUCCAUUCAAUAUAACAUCAAUCCAUUCUUAAUAGGUGCAGUCUCCAAGUGGCGCAUAGUAAACUGUACUAAAUUUUACGAUUUCGAGAGCCAUUGUAACUCUUAAGAGUCUAUGUACGAUCGCCUGUACGACUUUGUUGGACGGCAGUUGUAUCUCCAAGAGUUACUAGUUGUGUGAAGCUAUGCGCAAAGUGAUAAUACCUUACAAAUUGUUGUUUUUGGUGAACUAGGGAAGGUGUAAAAUAUUGAUGACGGGCAUUGACAGCAGUUUUGUUCUCGCUAUUCUAUUUUCAUUGAGGAACACUGGAGAUUUAUUUCCGAAAGCAAUUGAAAAAGAGGUCAUUUCUGGCUUUUUGAGUUUUAUUUUUUGUUUCAACCCGUCGACAUAAUGAUCUUGGGAGCGGGUGCUUUAAAAGGCCUGUAGCGCAAAAGGCAGCAUCGCCUUGAAGGUAACCAUGACAACCAAGCGAGUGAAAACCAAGAAAAUUUUAGUGGAAUCAUUACCAUAACCCAUACUUACCUAUCAUAGAGGGGGGGGGGCGAAGGGGUGAGAACAGAAAGCAGCCCUGAAAUAUCUCAAGCCGUGAAUUCAAAACGAUCCGCAAAGAUCAGCAAAGAAAAGCAGGCAAAGCUGAGUCAUGCAAUCAGAUGUAAGCCCCUGUAGACAGUGAAGCGACUCAACCGCUGACCCAUUAGUGAUGUCUCGAGGUUAACCUUCAAUCGGCGACUCUAACUCUCUCCAACCGGCUCUAAUCGUUUAAUCUGCAAAGGGUACAUCCCAUCACGGCAGAUGUGCAAAUUUGCAUGUGGUUAUGUUCAAACGUAAUCAUGGUGCCAGGGUUAAGUGAAAAACGUUCCUGGGUCAGCGUUUUUAAAGAUGGCACAUGACGGCCAGUUUAAAAGCCUCCAGUGACUUCUUUUCAAUGACACCAUUUGGUAAAGAGUUCCAGUCUCUGAUUGUACGUUCAAUACAAUACUCUGAAGAUGACUACCGCACAGGCUGUCGAAACGUCAACAACAACAGUCCUAUUCAGGACUACGUUCACCCGGACUAUCAAACUCAACCUUUUGAAAUGACUCCUGGGUUCAAACCUUUCACAAUAAAACUGUGUUGGUAUUUGUUUGUUUUGGCACUAACUUGAAUGAAUGUCUUAGGGUGGAAUUGCCUAGUGCCCUGUCGCCUUUCAAAUGAUUUAUUAGGGUGAAAAUUGUAUAGCUGAUAGACCAGAAAUUACUUUAAACAUCAUUGCCACUUUCCUUCUUUUCUCGAGUGUUGGCCAUUUCAAAUCAUUCAGAAUUUUCUUGACAUUUCCAGGAGUAAUGCUAUAUUCAUUGUUAACAAAACGUCCCGCUCGUCUCUGCACACAUUCUCAUUGUCCUUUAUCUGUUUUUGAGUGUGUGGGCUCCGUGCGCAACAUCCAUAUUCAAGCUGUGGUCUAACUAAAGCAAGAUAGGCUUGCUCUUUUACGUUUUUGCUCUUUCGCGAUUUGAAAUUAGUUGAGACACUUCGCCCUAUUUAGGGGCUUUCUGAAGUUUUACUGACUUCCGUAGGGAAAAUGAAAGCUUUCCCUCCCCCAUCCCCUCCAUGCAAUGUUGUGCCACUGGAGGAGUGUGGAUUCUUUUGUUCUCUGUAGCUACCCUAUUUGAGUACAAUGUCUCAACAAUUUUGUCGCCCAUUGCUGCUUACAUUCCAAUAGCCCACGUUCGAUAUACUGAUAUAUUAAAAUUCUAUGACUCCCAGGCUUUAGGGACAGAAUUGCACAUUUUUCACUACUCCAUUAGCCGUAUUUUUACUAGAGGACGUUUGAGACGUCUGAGACGUUGAAGACGUCUUAGACGACUAAGACGUCUAGUAUAAAUGCGGGAAAUAAGGCGGACGCAUUAAACGUCAGAGGAAUAAAACGUCUGAAGUUAAGUGCGUCCGAUCGACGCACUUAACAGAUGAAUUAGUCAUCUCAGACGUUUAAGACGUCUAGUAUAAAAACGGGACGCAAUUAACAACGCACUUAACAGUCAGACGUUUAAUGCGUCUGGACGUCUAAGACAUCUUCUAGUAUAAAUACGGCCAUUGUCUCGCUAUUCCCAGAAAAAAAAACUUGAGCACAAACGAAACGAAAUAUAGAAAUAUGACCAGAAAGCCUCCAAGUCAUGUUAGAAUUUAACAUAUUGAACGUGCGCAAAUGACUAUUUUUAAGUAUUUCCCAAAUUUAAUGUGGAAAUAGUCAUUUCCAGGUUUGCUUCAUUGAUCCUUUUUUGAUUGUCUCUGCAGAUUGUUAAUUUUAGGUUCAUACCAGUUGCUCAUCAGCUUAACUUUUGUCUGGCUGUCAGUUUGGUUUGGGCAACAAUUUUGAGUGUCAUACGAGCCUCUGAAGCAAGCCAUGUAAAGGAAAUUGAAUCUAUAGACACCAUAUCUAUAACAAACUACUCUGUAGAAGCGACUCAGCAGUGA